AUGAUUUGGAAUGAAGUUGGACAAGAUCACUUUGAAAGGGAGAAAGUACUGCUGGACCUAGAACAGGAAUGCCUAGAGGUUUAUCGGAAGAAGGUUGACGCUGCAAAUACAUCCAGAGCUCGCCUGCACCAGGAGUUGGCAGAAGCUGAGGCUGAAUUUACCCAUCUUCUUUUGUCCCUUGGUGAACGAUCUCUCCCUGGACGGGUAGGUUGCUUAUUUAUCAAUCCCGGUAAACUCAGUAAAUUAGAAUGGCCAUAA